UACAGGUAGUAUUAAAGACCAUUAGCAUAAAGCAAUUAGACACGCUCAUAAUUCGCUUCACAAAACCGCUCAGUUUGCCGGUUUCUGGUACAUCUUUGCUAUAUAAGGCAAAAACGUAAAAGAUUCAUGUAGUUUUGUCGAGAUGGCGAAAAUAUUAACAGUCUGCUUGCUGGUUGGGAUAUUAGUUUACGUUCAAGCCGCACCAACUCACUUUAAAAGCAAAGGUCACGGUUACAACCGCGGUCACGGCGGUUACGGCGGCCACGGCGGUGGUUACGGCGGUGGUCACGGCGGUGGUUAUGGGGGAGGUCGAGGCUUCAGCCAUGGGAUAAGCCACGGCGGUGGUCACGGCGGCGGUUUCGGAGGCGGCGGCGGCGGUGGAGGAGGCGGUUACGGUUACGGUUUCGGCGGAGGCGGCGGAGGCGGUGGUGGCGGCGGCGGUGGCGGCGGCGGCGGUUACGGCUACGGGAAAUAAUGCCGAAAUUGCGAAAUCAGAUAGCAGACGAGAUCACGCUGAUACCAACUUACGACCAUUACGUUUAAAAUAAAUUCAUCAUAGUGUAUAAUUGUAAUAAAUACAUAGAAAUAAAUAAAUUAUUUUAACAAUCA